AUGAAACAACCAAUUCACCAACAGUUUCUUUCUGACUGUCAUAUCAACACCGAGAAGAAUCUUUUGAAAUCGCAGCAUCUUCCACGUCCGUAUUCUAGCCCGGAAAGUAAAGCAAUCAGCGAGAAAGCGCGCCGAAAACGAGCCCACAAUUUGAUUGAAAAACGGUCCCGUGAAAAUCUCAAUCUCAAAUUCCUUGAGUUAGAAAAGGUCCUAAGUCGUCACCGUGGCCCUGGUCAGAAUAAGGACCUGACGCCGGACAAUACGCCCAAACGAAAGAAACGAUUGGCUAUUCUCGAUCGCGCCCACAAUAAUAUUUUGGAACUCGAAGCGGAAGUGCAAUCACUAAAACAAAAGAUUAAAACUUUGCGGGACAUUGCUUUUCCUGAGACAUGCAGAUUCACGCUCCCUGUUGACUGA